UUUAUGAUUAUAAAUAUGGUUAUACUUUCUCUCCAGUUAGAUUAUGUCACUGCAAAUAUCAGCAGUAACAGCACCAACAAUGCUACCGAGAUUGAGGAUUAUGAUCACUCUGCAAGUGCUAUGAGUGAAGAGGAGCUGAAAACGUACUUGCUCUCCCAGCAAAAUUACCAUAAUCCAUGGGGCCUUGCUGGAUAUUCCAAUCCUGAUAAAUUACAGGGAAAGAUGAAGAUCCUCCUACACAGUGAUUAUGUUAUAGGUCUACAAGAGCAGCUGAAUCUUGGAUUAUGGGUGAGCUUCACAAUCAACAAGACAAUAGUAACAGAGAGUGAAGACCCUGAAAAAACUGACGGCACGGAGGUUGUUCAAGAGGAGACGGAGAAACCUCCACCAUGCUGGCAAGCAGACCAUAGAUUAGAAAGACUUCCAGAAGACCAGUGUGACAAAAUGCUUAACAGUCAGGCUUAUAAGGAUAAGGAAAUAACUCUUAAGCAGUUAUAUCCAGAGGAACUUGAAACUCAGGAACUGCUGGCUGCAGAAGGCUACCUACUGUCUAACCUGGCUCCUAUGAGGGCUGGGUUCAUGAAGGGCGCUUAUAAAGCCAUGGUUGGAGCUAUUCAGUGGUGGGCAGCAAAGAAAGGGGGAAUUAAUGUUGUUCUUGGUCCUGUCUUUGAUUAUGACCUUAAUGGGAAUAAGGAUGAUGUGAGAGAUAUUAUGAAAACAGUGGUACCGCUGGUCCCAAGUGAUUACUAUUUACUGAUUACCUCUUGUAAUGGUUCUCCAGUUGUAAAUUGUCCAGUAGAGCAGCUGGAUAUAUUACCAUUUGUCUUUCCGAAUUCAGAUGUCCAGGAUAAUUGUUUCAUGAAUGAUAUGGAAUACUUGCAGUACCACUUGACAAAUCUGAAAGACAUAGAACUACUGACAGGCUUGCAAUUCUUCAGAAAUAUCAAUAUCCAUGAUAGAGUAAUACUCCAAACAUUUCAACCAACUGCUGUGUGGGAUCUGCCUGCUGAAAGAGCUGCAACAAGGACAGUGAACAACAGGAAUGGCAAAUCAGAAAACAUUCCUAUUGAAGAGGUUGACGAAGAGUAAAGAGUAAUAAGUGCGAAAGCCUUUUGGUUAAUAUGAUAAUGUGUAUUCUCCUUCCAAGAUUGUGCAGAGACAUACCCGAAUGUGUAAACUCUGCAAAUUAUCAAGCUGUGAUAUAAUGUAGCUGAUGUUACAAAUGAAAUAUAAAUUUCUGAUAUGAAAUAAUCAUAGCGGAAGCCCCGAUUGUGGAAGAACUAUAAUAUAUAUUUCUAUUUUUGAAAAUAUGGAGUCACCCAUGGUUACAAAUACAUUAAAAAGAAUCAUUUAGAGUAUUUUUUUUCUUUUAGGUGUUUAUUGUCA